AUGAUCAAGCUAAUACAAGCUAAACACUUCGCAAACGAAAUAAAAGCUCUGAAUAACAAGGGAACCGUCCAAAUUAAUAGUCCCAUAUUGAGGUUAAACCCAUUCAUAGUUAAGUCCGGCAUGAUACGCGUAGGAGGUCGAUUAAAGGAAUCAUCUUUGUCAUAUGCAGCCAAGCACCCAAUAUUAUUGCCUGGGAAGCAUCCGUUUUCCAAUCUGAUUGUUAGUCAUGAACAUGCAAAUCAUUUGCAUGCAGGGCCACAGGCUACUUUAGCCGCCAUUCGAGAGCAGUAUUGGAUCAUUUUAGCCCGCAGCACCAUUAAAAGGAUCCUGCGAAAGUGCGUCACUUGCUUUAGAAGCUCGCCGAAGGCUGCUUCUACUAUUAUGGGUAAUUUACCCGAACCACGGAUUCGAAUUUGCACUAAGCCAUUUGAUCAAUGCGGAGUGGAUUAUGCGGGUUCUCUUUACUAUAAGGAGGGUGCAAGGAGAAGCCUCAAGCUAGUCAAAUGUUGUAUUGCUAUUUUAGUUUGUCUCGUUACCAAGGCUGUUCACGUUGAAUUAGCGUCUAACUUCUCCUCUGAAGCAUUUUUAGGAGUUUUUCGACGUUUUAUUGCAAGAAGAGGUUGCCCUUCAGACAUUUUCUCCGACAACGGAUCAAACUUCGCAGGAGCGGAGCGAGAGCUGAGAGAAUCAGUAGAAUUAUUCAAGAAUCAAACGACUCAGCAGCAAAUUCAAGAACAGGCCACGAAUUUGGGAAUUCGCUAG